AUGGAGUUGUUUCUUAAUCUUGGAAGAAAAUGUGAGGAGAUUGCUCCACAAAAUGUGAUCUUGCAAUAUCUAGCUCCACAUCAGAAUAUGUAUGUGACAUUGAAUGAAGAUGAUGACGUCCGUAUUAUGACACAUCUUUACACGUCUAUGAGAUUGACAAUAAUUAAUAUGAGAGCGGUGAAAAAAGAUGAUAUGGGUUCCCACAAUCUUGAAAGGUUUGAAACUGAAGAAGAGACACAGACUAGUAAUGAUGACCAUCUUGAAGUGGGGUUGGUAAGAAAUUCCAUAGACAUUUGGAGUCAUUGCAUCCGUGGAGAGGGCCAAAUAUUCAAGGAUGCUGCAGAAUUUCGAAAAUGUGCUAAAAAUUAUGCAGUUGCUACGAAACGGUCAUUUUUGUAUAAAAAGAAUGAUAAUAAGAAGGUUAUUCUUGUCUGUAGCACAAGCAACUGUUCUUGGAGAAUAUAUGCUUCAAGACAUAAAGCUGACAAACUUUUUGGCAUUAGAAAAUGCAAUCUAAUUCAUACUUGUGGAGAUGACAAUCUUCGUAGUAGAGGACAUCCUAAAGCUGAUGCUGCCUGGGUUUCUAAUAUUGUGAUGGACAGAUUGAGGGGAGAGCCCUCGUAUCGACCAUGCAUGAUGUUGAAAGAUAUUCACAGAGAUUAUGGGGUUGAGCUUAAUUACAACAAGGUUUGGAAAGGGAAGGAAUUGGCAAUGCAUGACAUUCAUGGUGUAGAGGAGGGGGCGUAUGAUAGAUUAAGAUGGCCCUUGGUUUUCUUGGAUGGCACUCACAUAAAGAAUAAAUACAAGGGAUGUAUUUUGGUUGCUGUGGCAAAGGAUGCUAAUGAUGAUCUUUUCACAUUAGCAUACUUAGUUGUAGAUGCUGAAAAUGAUGAUAAUUGGGGAUGGUUUUGUUUCCAACUUAAAAGUGCUCUACUUUCACAUCGCUUUAUUGGGUUCCAUGAGUUUACCUUUUUCUAUGACAGACAUCCUGGGAUAAUCAAGGCUAUUCAGUUAGUAUUCCCAGUCAGUCAUCAUGCCUACUGUUUAAGGCAUUUGGUAGAUAAUUUCGUGAAACAGGUCAUGCGAAGCUACCCACUUCAUAACAAAAAAUAUUGGUCAUCUGUUUUCAAGAAAGCUAUAUAUGCCCUAUCGAGACAAGAGUUUCAAGAACAUAUUAACAAUAUAAUACGGUCAAUGCCACUUGCUAAAGACUUCAUAGUAUCUUCGUGUCCAGAAAGUUGGGCAAAUGCAUGUUUUCUAGGAAAUCGUUGGGGUGUCAUGAAUAAUAACAUAGCCGAAUCGUGGAAUAAUUGGGUUAAAACAGCAUGGUUUCUUCCUAUUGUGCCCAUGGUGGACCAUAUACGCAUUCAAAUUAUGGACAUGAUGCACAGACGACGUGAAGCAACAAUGGGGAUGGUUAAAAGAUUGAGUCCAUCAAAGGAGAAUGCUCUUGCAAAAACAUAUGCUGAAUCUCGCAGCUUAAAACUACGUAAGGCAUGUGGCUGGAGUUUUGAGGUUGUGGAUGGAGAUAAAUCAUUUGCUGUUGAUUUGUCUGUUAUGACUUGUUCGUGCAGAGCAUGGCAGAUAGAGUUGUAUCGUGAAAGCUACAGAGGAAUCUUAAAUCCAAUCCCUACAUGUCACAUGUAUGAGUCCAAUCCCGAGCACCCAUUUGUAAUCAAUGCUCCUGAUGUUCGAAGCCAACCAGGUAGAAGAAGAACUCAAAGGAUACCUUCACAAGUCGAAAAACGUGUGACAAAUGUGAAACUGUUUGAUUUACAAGAAAAGGGGGAUGAUAGAACAAAGAAGAAGCGAGGAUGCAUCGACAAGAAGGUGUACUCGAUCUAG